AUGACUGUAUUUGAAUCUCUUUCUAAACCACCACAACCACCAACCACUACUACUACUUCUACUUUAGAAUCCCAUAACAACCAAAUUCCUUCUCCUACUUCUUCCAAUGAAAGUGUAAGCCCUCUCUCCACAGAACCUCUUUUUACAACAACAAACCACACUCGAGAUCCAUUUUCAAUUCCGUAUCUUCCCAUUAAUAGUCGAGUAGGCACACAAUUUUCACUACAAGGUGGAAUAAGACCUCCCACACCGACAGCACCUGAAGAGUUUGUGCUGGAAAAUGAAUCAUCGCCACCAAUAAUGUGUCAUGAACAUUCAAAGGAUGAAAUACAAGUUCCAUUGGAAGCUGAUGCAUCUCAAGAAGAAUCGAUUGGGGCUCUUGUCGAUUUUCCAAUGUAUGAAGUACCAUCCAAUGAUCAUUUGAAAUAUGUGACAAAGAAAAAAGGAAAUACGUCUCGACUCCUCAUUCCUUCAUGUUGCAUUCCAUUUGCGAAAUAUUUCACAAUCAUUGGAUCCGUAUGUCUUUCAGUGUUGAUUGCAUUGGCUUGCCUGGCUUUCUUUGUGGCGAGUGUUUACGUUUAUGUUCGAGUGGAUGUUGGAAAUUUUAAUAUUCCCAAAAGUGGAACCUUAUUGGCUAUUCAGUGCAACGAAACUACAGCUCUAUGUAAGGGAGUGGUGCGAGUAGAUCCAUCAUCCGCCAGUGAUGAGCGACAGCCUCCACCUCCUGAUAUUAGCACUCAACGAUCGAACGAUCCAAUGUUUGGAAAAAUUCAAACUAUCAAUUCUGUUCUCGACAGUAAGACGUUGACCAGUGAAGAUGAAUAUCCGUAUGACUGCAAUGUUUGGAACGACGCCAAACGAGGAAUAUAUUCUAUACCAUGCUAUUUCAAUAAGAAUCUUUCGAAAAUGACCUUGUAUCCAGUCGUGAAUUUUGAUGAUCAAGCUCUGUUGAUAAGUUCUUGUGUCAUGAUUGUGUUUAUACCGAUAUUGUGUUUGUUACAGAACUUGUUUGUGAUUCGAUGGUUAUGUUGUGGUAACAUUCACGGAAAGAAUAAACAAAAUGUUUCUUCUUAA